ACAUUGGAGGGGGAGGAGUGUGGUGAGCAAUUGUGAAUAUGUAAAAUUAAAGGGGUGUCUGAAAACGUGGAUUCAUCCCAGUCUCUUAUCUAUAUCACAGCUGCAGCUUGAGCAUCCACCUGCGUUUAGUUAGUGAGCUGUAUUUUCUGUGUUAUUCAGCACACCACAAUCUUGGAGUGAUGACAUAGUAGCUUUACAGUUGAGUUUGUCUACGUUUCUCUGCUGUUGUUGUCAGCGCUGUGCCACAGAGGUCUGGCAGCCUCCUCUUUCUCCAGAGACCAGUUUCAGCACUUAAUAUCUGUUUCUUUCCUUUUGACGCUGGUACUCAGUCUUUGGAAUUAAGAAACCAAAAGCUUCAAGAAAAGGGUUGCAUUAAAUUCCCAAGAUGAAGCUCAUUCAACUGCCUAUAUUUGCCCUCCUGGUCAGUGGCAUAUUCUGUCAGUAUGACUAUGAUUCAUACUAUAAUUAUGAUCCAGCAAGUCAAAUGGCCCCUUCAUCUCCAAUUUGUUCAGUUGAAUGUGACUGUCCCAUGAAUUUCCCCACUGCCAUGUACUGUGACAACCGCAAACUUAAAACCAUCCCUAUCAUCCCAUCACCGAUAAAGUAUCUUUACCUCCAAAACAACCUGCUGACUGGCAUUCCAAACGGUGCAUUUGAUAAUGCAACUGAACUGCUUUGGCUAAUUCUUGAUAACAAUCAAAUUGCUUCUUCAAAUAUUGGUAAGAAGGCAUUCUCAAAGCUAAAACGCCUACAGAAGUUGUAUAUAAACUUUAACAAUCUGACAGAGCUUGUCAGCAUUCCAAAGUCAUUGGAAGAUCUAAAAGUCUAUUCGAACCAGAUCUCAAAGAUUGGAAAGGUCCUCGCUGACCAUGACAACCUGACCACAAUUCAACUUAAUGACAACCAGCUGAGUGACGUUGGUGAGGCUUUCAGUGGUUUGAAAUCCUUGAUGUAUCUUGACUUGAGCAUCAAUAAACUAACUAAACUUCCUGCGGGACUUCCAUCUUCUUUGGAGAUGUUCUACAUUGAUCACAAUAAUCUCAACAGCAUUCCUAAGGGUUACUUCGAUAAAAAUAGCAAACUGCAGUACUUGCGCAUUUCACACAAUCAAUUAAAGGAUGAAGACAUUCCUGAAAGGAUCUUCAACAUCACCACCCUCCUUGAGCUGGACCUGUCAUUCAAUAAAUUGAAAGCUAUCCCUGUUGUUAAUGAAAAUCUAGAAAAUCUCUACCUUCAAGCCAAUGAAAUUGAAAAGUUCAGCUUGAGCAGCUUCUGUCGUGUUACUGGCCCUGAAGAAUUUUCCAAGGUCAAACAUCUGCGUUUGGAUGGCAAUAAAAUCACUCAAGCAGAUAUGCCAUUUAACUCAGCACAAUGUCUUCGCCAGGCUUACGAAAUAAUGCUGGAUUAAUUUGCCUACCAAGAUUUCACACUUAUUAACUCAUCAUAUAGUGCAACCUAACACCUUAAAUUUUAUAACUACACAUAUUCAUGAAACCAAGUUUUCUACUAGAUUCUCAGUUAGUUAAACAAUACUGACAGAAUAACUAAAAGCAAAGUAAUGUUAUUUACUUUGUAAAGUUUUCUAUACAUUUUAUAGAAUAAGCAUAGCUAAGUAUUUUGUACAAUAGCAAAGAGGUGUUAUUGACCUUAAUUCCAAAUUGAAAGCAUUUAUCUGCAAUUUAUAAUUUUCUUGAAUAAUGCAUUUAAAUCUAUAAUUGGCUAUAUACAUGCUGCGCAUAAUUGAUAGCCUAUUCAUGUUUAUAGUUAUAACUUUUGAAAAAGGGAAAAUUCACGAAAUGCUCACAAAUGCAAGAAAUGCUAAAUGACAUUAAAUUGUAUAAUGUGUAGUCGCUAUUAUUUCUCUCCCUGUCAAACCAUUUCGGUUCCGUUUCUGGUAUUAGUAUACUUAUUAUUUGUAUCCUAUAAAGAGGCCAGACCAAUUGGAAAGAUCCCUGAAUGAUUUUAAAGAUUUAAUAUUUUUUAUAGCAAUUCAUGUACUGUGCAAUCCUUUCUUUAAAAUUCUACAAAUGAACUAAUCGUUUGAGUCCAUUUUCUAUAAACUCUCACCAAAACAUCUUAUAGGAUUUUUAUGGUUUACUAGAUCACAUAGUUUGUAUGAUGUCCAUGGUUGGAAAAAAAGUUCACAUAACCAAUAUGGGAUGAAAUGACUGUAAUGGGGUUUACACAUUAAUUCAUGUACAGAAGUACUAUGAAAUAAAAAUAAACAGAAGAAAUUGUUUUAAAUCUAUCUAUCAGUAAUUUUGUAUGUUUCUUCAACUUAAAAAGACAGCAAUUUUGAAAUUGCUAGGAAAAUCUAUUCUGGAUGUAUUUAAAUAUUGCAUUUUAUCUGAAACCAGGAUUGUAUGCUAUAAAUCAUGCAUGACUUUAUAUACAUCAUUCUUUGGUAACCUGUAUACUUUUUAUGAUUUAUCACAUAGGAAAUAAAGCAUAAGAAAUUAA